CUUCUCUCUCUCUGCGCUUUGCUCUGCUUGUUCUCUGUUGCUGCUACGUACUGGUGCAGGUCGUGUGUGAGUGAAGAGUGGUUAUCAUUGUUGUCGCCCACAGAUUCUCUGUUGUUUUCUCGUGUCUCCUUGUGGUCCAUCUGAAGUGUCACCUUUCUCGCACACGUUGAACUUCAUACUCGUAUGACUUUGUUCAACAUUCCACCUCAUCACCACAUCAAGCGUAUUUGGAAAAGGUUUGAUCGUAUUGCUUGGCCCCUCUCCGUCCAUUGCAGUGCUCUCCAACAGUCGUCUUCAGCUUUGUAAGUCAGGUGUUGAUUGGUUGAUAAGCCCAUCUUCACGACCAGACUCAGGAAGCUGAAGUCAUGGCGGACAAACAAGACAUGGUGACGCCGGCCCCGGCAGCGGCCCCGCCUUCGAAGAACACCCCCGAAAACACGGCCGCCGUGGACUCGGCCGCUGAGGACAACACCGACCCCAGCAAGACGCAUAUCAACAUCGUCGAGCAUGCCCGUUCGGCUGCCCACAAGGAGCGUACCAUGACCCUCCGCCAGGGCAUCAAGCUCUAUCCCAAGGCCAUUUUCUGGAGUAUCCUCAUCUCCACAUGUAUUGUAAUGGAGGGAUAUGACAUCUCUCUCGUCAAUAACUUUUAUGCCUUCCCGCAGUUCAACAAGAAGUAUGGCGUCCUUGGUGAUGAUGGAGAAUACCAGGUACCGGCUGCGUGGCAAGCUGGUCUGAGUAACGGAGCCCAUUGUGGUGAGAUCAUUGGUCUUUUCAUUAACGGAUGGAUCUCUGAACGAUUUGGUUAUCGUUACACUGUCAUGGCCUGUCUUGUCUGUGUAGCUGGCUUCACAACCAUCUUCUUUACCGCUCAGAACGUUCAGACCCUGCUUGUUGCUGAGAUACUUUGUGGUAUUCCGUGGGGUAUCUUCCAAACAUUGACCAUCACCUAUGCAUCUGAGGUUUGUCCUGUUGCUCUGCGUGGGUACUUGACGACGUAUGUCAACUUCUGCUGGGGCCUUGGCCAGGAGAUCGGCAUAGGCGUCAUUCACGCCAUGCUCAAGCGCGACGAUGAAUGGGCGUACCGCAUUCCAUAUGCUCUCCAGUGGAUGUGGCCCUUGCCGCUCCUCAUUGGCAUCUUUUUUGCGCCCGAAUCGCCGUGGUGGCUGGUCCGAAGAGGUCGCACCCAGGAUGCUAAGGAGGCAUUACUUCGCUUGACCAGUCUCGACCGCGAGACUGACUUUGACGCCGACGAAACUAUCGCCAUGAUGGUACAUACAACUGCCCUUGAAGAGAAGAUCACAUCUGGUGCAAGUUACUGGGACUGCUUCAAGGGCACCGACCUUCGCCGUACCGAGAUCGUAUGCAUGAUCUGGGCCAUUCAGAACCUAAGCGGCAAUUCAUUCUCCAACUAUUCCACCUACUUCCUUGAACAGGCUGGACUAUCAGCCGACAAGGCAUAUUCAUUUGCCCUUGGCCAGUACGGCAUCAAUAUGGCCGGAGUUUUUGGUGCUUGGGGUCUUAUGACUUUGGGUAUUGGCAGACGAUCCUUAGUUCUCUAUGGUCUCUGCGGUCUUUGUUCCAUGUUGCUCAUCAUGGGUUUCCUUGGUCUAGUGCCCGAGGCUCAUCGAAGUCAAUCAUCGCUAGCCACAGGCUGUAUGAUGAUUGUAUGGGCGCUGUUCUACCAGCUGACCAUUGGAACUGUAUGCUAUUCUCUUGUGGGAGAAUUGUCAUCUCGGCGUUUGCAGAUCAAGACAGUUGUUCUUGGCCGUAACCUCUACAACGUCGUGGGCAUUAUCAACAGCGUUUUGACUCCUUAUAUGCUAAACCCCACAGCCUGGGAUUGGGGUAAUUAUGCGGGAUUCUUCUGGGGCGGUAUUUGCUUCUUGUGCAUCAUCUACACCUUCUUCCGCUUACCAGAGCCAAGUGGGCGCACAUUUGCGGAGCUCGACGUGCUUUUUGAGCGAGGUAUCAGCGCAAGGAAGUUCGCGUCUACUGAGGUGGAUGUAUUCCAUGAGACCGUGGAGGAGAAUGUCAUGAAUCGGUACGAAGAACUCGCGGACGCACCCUCCGAGAAGGUCCACGACAAAGCAUAGGUUGGCAGAUUAUAACUGCUCAGCCCCCUACGCACUCUGACCCCAGUGCAAGAGAUGAAUAAUGUUGUCGAGAUGAUUAUACUCCAACCUUGCAAAUAUCCCAGCAAAGCAUCAGAUGUUCAGCUGAAAUGCGCCACAUGCAAGAUGAAGAGAUCUUGCUAAGGGGAUAUCUCGGAUCUUGGUCGGCAUUGACAUUUGCCUUGGCACUUGCAUCACAUCGGCGUUGGCGUUUGGGAGUAAGUUCCAUAUCCUUAUGGACUUGCAAAAUGUAGUUGCAAAAAACGGGAGGCUCCAGUAUGUGAUUUAGUAGAAGACGUCACGAUAAUUGACUUAAUGAUUCCCUUGGUAGAUGCUGUAUU